AUGUCUUAUAACAUUGAGAAUUUGAAGACCGCAUUGGAUUGCAUUUCUUCUAAUAUUUCGCAGGACAAAAAAAAUGAAGCUUUAAGAUAUUUAGAGCAAUUUCAGAAGUCUAAUGAAUCAUGGUCUAUCUGUCAUGAAAUAUUGGUUGCUAAUGGUCAGUACCCUUUAUCAGUUGAUAUUUUUGCAUCCCAGACUUUAAGAAACAAAGUUACAUAUGAUUUAUCACAGUUGGGCAGUGAUAAUCUAUCACAAUUUAAAGAUUCCUUACUGUAUUUAAUCUCAAUACAUUCCCAUAAACUGAUCAUUACUCAAUUGAAUGUAGCUUUAGCUAGACUUACUAUUCAACAUUUGCAAUGGAUCAAUCCAUUGCCUGAAAUUAUCGAAUUUUUGAACCCAUUCCCUUCAAAAUUAUUAGAGUUUUUGAAAAUUUUACCUGAAGAAACCUUGGAUAUUGGUUCAACGCCUUUAACUGAGAAUGAAUUCAAUUCAAGAACACAUGAGUUAAUUGAAUCUAUUCGUGAAGAUGUUUUGAAAUUCUUAGUAACCUGUAUCGAAAUGUUAAAAAAUCGACAACAAUUAUCUCAGGCUUCUAACAUAUCAUUAGAACAAGUGCUACGUUGUUUGAGUUCUUGGUCUUUUGAGUUUUCAGUUGAUCAACUUAUAUCAAUUCAACCUUUAACAUCAGCGAUCUUUGAGUCGUUGAUGAACGGUAAUGAAGACGAUUCGACUGGAAUAUUUGAUGCCGCUGUUGAUUGUUUGACCGUAAUUAUUAGAGAAAGUAGAGACUCUACUCCACAAUUGGUCAAUUCAUUAUGCGAACAGUUACUCUUAUUACAAGGAAAAUUGCUUCCAACUCUUUUAAAUCCAACUACAAGUGGAGAAGAUUUGGAUGAUGAUUUAAUGGAAGGUAUGACUCGUUUAUUUGUAGAAGCUGGAGAAGCUUGGGUUAUCUUUAUUUCAAAAUCACCACAACAAUUUGAAAAACUUGUUAUUGCAUUAUUAAUGUUUACUUCAAAGAACUCUGAUUUAGAUGUUGUUGAGUACACAUUCCCAUUUUGGUUUAAUUUAAAACUAAAUUUAGUCCUACCAAGAUAUCAAGAAUCAAGAAAAAUAUACAUUCCAAUAUAUGUUGAGUUGAUCAGAUGCAUAAUCAGGCACUUAAGGUACCCAUCUGUUGAAUUUUCAUCAAAGGAGAAUGAAGAUAAAUUCAAAGAUUUUAGAUAUCAUAUGGGUGAUGUUCUAAAAGAUUGUACCGCCGUUGUUGGGGCUUCAAAAGCUUUAGCUCAGCCACUUGAAAUAAUACAAGAAACGUUGGCGAACUCAAACGAAUGGCAAUCACUUGAAGCUCCUUUGUUUUCACUAAGAACUAUGGCCCAAGAAAUCUCAUCUACUGAAAAUACAUUGCUUCCACAAAUUUUUAAUAUAUUAAUUAACCUACCUGAACAUCCUAAGAUAAGAUAUGCUUCAACUUUAGUAUUAGGAAGAUAUACUGAAUGGACAGCUAAACAUCCAGAUAUGUUACAAGUUCAACUUCAAUAUAUCUUUAAAGGUUUUGAAGUGGCUGGUUCUAACAGAGAAAUUCUUACUGCAUCAUCGCAUGCUUUGAUGUACUUCUGUGCAGAUUGUUCGGAGUUCCUUGUUGAUUAUAUUGAACAACUCUUUGACUUUUAUUUAAAGAUUAAAAAUAUUGUUGAUAUUGAAUCUCAAUUUGAGUUGUAUCAAGGUUUUAGCGCGGUUCUUAACAAACAGCCAUCUGAUAAAGUUUUGGCGUUAUCACAACAGUUAUUAUCAUAUGAUCUUAAUGAAAUAUCGGAAUUGGUUCCAAAAUGGCAAACUAAUAGAGAUUCAUUCAGUGCAAAAAUUGCUGAUAAGAUCGACCUGAUAUUUGCCAUGUUUGAAGAAUUGAAGCCAAGAUUUGAAUAUCCAGAUCAAGGGAGUGAGCCAUUGGCUCCCUUAAUUGUCAGUUUGUGGGAUUUUUUGAAACAUAUAUUGAUUGAUUUGAAAGGGUUGACUGAUAAUAUUAUCGUUGAAAGAACUACGAAAUUGCUGAGAAGAUUAUUUGAAAAGUUUCAUAUAUUCUGUGAACCUAUUUUAAGCUCAGUUGUUGAAUUUUUGGUUGAUGGAUACUCUAAUACAGGAUUUGGUUCCUAUUUGUGGUGUUCGGCCUCACUCAUUGUAGUCUUUGGGGAUGAUGAAUCCUUACCAAUCAGUCCACAGUUGAAAAGUGAAAUUUGGAGAUUUGGAUGUGCACAAAGUUUGACAUUUAUAAUGAGCUUUGCAUCGCUAGAUCAUUCAAAUAUCAAUGAUUAUUAUGAACAAAUAAUGGAUUUUUUUGCCAUGGUUUCAGAUUUAAUAAUGUUUUAUCCAAAGGAAUUUAUUUUAUCCACUGAUCUGUUAGGAAAUGUAGUUGAUAUUGCAAUAGCUAGUGUUCAUAAACUAGAAAAUUAUGAUGCAUAUACCUUCAUUAUUCGUUGUUUGGAUGAUAUUAUAUCAUGGGGCUUUAGAACUCCACCUAUAUCUACUAUAUCAAUUGAAUCAGUUCCAGAUGAGUGGAGACAACAAAUUUUGCAAGAAAUUGUGAUUGGUAGAGGUGCAGCAAUUGUCACCAGUUUAUUUUCUGGUUUAGUAACAAAUUUUAAUGAAACUACCCAUUCUGAUGCAAUUAGUUGUAUUGUUAAAUUAUUUAGACUUGCUACCGAAGCUAACAACAACGAGCCUUCUAUUUGCAGGCAAUGGGUUAUAGAAGCAGUAAAUUACUUGGGCCAUACAACUUCGAAAGAAAGAGACGAUCUAUGUAAUUCAGUUGUCUCAGGUUUAAAUAAAAGAGAUUUUAGAAAAAUCAGAGAGGGUAUUAGACUAUUUGUAAACUGGUACCUAAGAAAAAAUGUUGAAUCAAGAUAUCAAUAG